GAUUGAGACAACGAUGAGUAUAGGACAUUAAGUGAUCUACAAAGCAACAAGAUUGAUUGUCAGUUACUCUGUCUCAACUGAAGUUCUCCUUUGAUUCCUUCAUCGGGUGAUUUCGGCAUACAAAGCAAGAAUAUGGAACGUGUCGGUUAUACCUGGGCUUUGGGAGCUUUGGCAUUAUCAGGUUUAUUUCUGGGUAUCACGGCUCGGAAACCAAACAUGAUUCCUGCGAAAGCUGAGUUGCUCAUUCAGGAAGGAGACAAUCUGAUAAUAUCAUGUCAGGGUGACGACGACAUUCAGUUUUCAUAUAUGGAUAUUCCGUAUCAUGAUCUGCACUGGUAUUACAAUGUCACGUUUGACAAGAAUUCUGGCCUGCAUACGUUCAUUCGUCCUAAUGCCACGUCGGAGGAUACUGGAUGGUACGCUUGUGCUUACAAGGAUAUAAAAAUAAAGAACGAUGCAGAAACUAUCGAGCAUCCUGACGAAAAUAUCACUUGGAUUUACGUCUACGUGAAUUCAUCUAGCAUAUUCGCGCCUGAUCCACCGAUCUUCGAACAUUACUUAAAGCAUUUCAUUGGGCAAAAGACCGGAGGAUCACUGGUCAUACCGUGUCGACUGAGUACGCCCAAAAAGCUGUCAGUUUCGUUAAAGCAUUUCAGCGGUUCGAGUUCGAAGUUGUCAGCUGCUGGUUUUCAAUACGACCCAAAAAUUGGAUUUAUCAAACACAAUGUUAGUGAGUCGUCGAGUGGCACAUAUAUGUGCCAUAUAUCACACAGACAUCACUACUUAAAUCCAAGUUGGUUUUAUCUCACAAUGCUGAAUUAUGAAGUUUUAAUAGCCGAUCAGCUUGGCGAACCACUGCCACCACUCGUUGACAGGGAAGAAUUUCGAGGUUUGGCAUGGGGACAAAAUCACACUUUUAACUGUCAUUCGGCAGAUGAUAAUGACGUACCGUUGCAAGUGGAGUGGAGAGUUCCAUUUUCGGUACCCAGAGAGAGGUUGCUCCAAAUUCACAAUGACGAAAUGAGAGCAGCACAAUUGACAUUAUUCGAUGCUCAGGAAAGCGAUCGCGGGGAUUAUACGUGUACCAAAAUAAAACGAUAUGUAAAAAGUAGUGUAACGAUGCAUGCGGAAUUUAACGAUCCAGAUAUUAAGUACAUCAACGUGACCGCGUCCAGUGGGAAUGCAUCUUCCGUGACUGUAGUUGAAAGAACAACGGCAAUUUGGAAUUUGUCCAUCGACACAUAUCCCAAAGCAUAUACCGUUGAAUGGAUGGACAGAUAUAAUCGGCUAAUUACAAACUCUAGCAAGUAUUUGCACACUCAAUCACGAACGAACAAUACUUUCAAAAUAUUUGAUGCAACAAUGGCUGAUAUCGGUGUGUACACACUUUUCAUCAGCACUCUAAACUACUCCAACUACUAUGAACUCAAAUUGAUGGUUUUAGCUCAACCAGUCGUUCGUAUUGUCAAUUCUGUUUCCUAUCACACACAAGGACAACCUGCCGUCUUUUCCUGUUCCUCAACAGGCUCACCGUUACCAAACAUAACGUGGGAAUAUUUGGAAUACCCUGACUUUCCGUCGAAAUCCGUUUCCAAAUACGCAUCAUUUUUGAAAAUCCGAGACGAAACUCAUUCAUUCUACUUCGAAAUCCUCUCGCAUUCAACCAUAAGGAUCAACGCGACAGGAGAUCUGACAUGUAGAAGCUGCAACGUGAUUGGCUGCAGCGAAGUCGUUGAGCCAGUUUUAGUUUCUGACGCAAACGGAUAUUUCGGUGUAAUGGAUCCAGGCACUGUGGCGGAAGGUGAUACUGUCAAUUUAACGUGUGGCGCUUCCGUUUAUAAUUUCACCAAUAAUAUUGCCUGGGAGGUAAACAACUCCACGGAACACGGAAGGGUAUCAAUUACAAAUCGAACGACAAAAUUUACCUUCCAAUCGAUACUUCAAAUCUCUGACGUGAAAAUAUCGGAUUCUGGAGAAUACGUUUGUAGAGCUGAGAAUAAAGAAAAUCACAACACGACGACGGUGUCUUACGAGUUGUCGGUGAAGGAUGCGCGUGUUCCAUCAAUCAGUGAUAAAUCAACCACAAACAAUACUGAAAUUGGAAUUGACUUAACAAACGACGAACACGCCGAAGUGAGACUAACUUGCUUUGCACGUGGGUUGCCAUACCCUGAAGUAACAUGGCUGAAGGAUGGCAAACCACUCGUCAAGCACAGCGAACAGUACGCAAUUUCAAAAAAUAAUUUUGAGCUGUAUAUCAAAUACUUUCGCGGCCUCGCAGACGGCGGAAAUUACUCGUGUCAAGCUAAAAAUCGUGUUGGCACAAUCGAGAGAUAUAUGAAUAUUAUAAUCACAGAUAAUCGGUCAUACAAUUAUAUAAUAUGGAUCAGUUCGAUCUGUGUUCUGAUCGCAAUACUCGUUGCACUGAUAAUUUAUACGAGGUUGAAAGUUAAAGGACCAAAGAAUUUGAAAAGGGAAGUCCGAAGGAUGGCGUUGUCGGAACUUGAUCAACAGCCCUAUGACGACUCUGUGAACGACGAAGAUGAGGUAAUAUCCAAUAAUCAAGAAUCCUCUCGAGACCGACUUAUUCGACUGUAAAGAUUUACAUUAUUAUAGUCAGUAAAAGCUUGUCAGAUUUUUAUACUCAGGCAAUAUUUGUUUACGAAUAAUUUGUUUUAUACUCCAAGUUCAAUUA